ACUAAUUCACGUUGAUUUGUUUACAACUUGUUACAGUUAAGUUGAUUGGUCGAUUCAUUAUAGUCGCAAACCCAGAUGCAUUGUAUCAAUAAAUAAUCCCAUCAUGCUUAACGACACACGCAACCAAGUGAGUAUGACGUAUUUCCGUUCGCCUUUCCAGUUCGCUCGAAGAGUAACUCGAGACUACCAAUUAUAUGAGUCAUAGUAACACGAGUGAGUUCGAUGACGUCAGUUCGAGUACAACACGAAAAACUCGAGACUAAGGGCCCAGCUGUAUGGACUUGUGUGUCUAAUAAUGGGAAAGUUAUUUAGCUGGAUGUACUUGUAUGGCUGGUUAUCCAUUCUCUUCUUAAAUUUUCAUCAAGUGGAAAUGAAUAACUGGAACGAUUGAAUACAUGGAAAAUCUCAACGCAUCAUGUUUUUGCGUACAUUGCAAACAGCUUUAAACCACUUAUAAAACUUUCUCUGGCUAUUAUGGCAGCAAACCGCUGCACUAUGGGUACGUUCGUAAAGUCGAACGAGUUAAACGAGAAUGACGUCAUCGUUAUUCUUAUUUAUCAAUAGUUAGACUUUUCGAACGAUUCGUUUAUAACUAAAUGGAUUUUUCUAAAAUCGAAAAUGUGAAUGUUGUUAAUGUAGCCUUAUCCGAAAUAUUUUUCUUAGAUUGCUGCGGGUGGACAGUUAUUUCAAUUAUUUCACAUUUUAAUUCACAAUUUAAACUCGAGUAGAUUUAGAAACAUCGAUAUCAUCGGGCGCCAUUUUCUUAACGAAGUAAACUAACUCUUUCCUUCGUGAACUUCGUUAGAGUUUCUUUCGAAACGUCAUCACCGCAGAGCAUGCUCACUGGGCGAUAUUACUACUAUUCGAACGAUUCGUUACUAACUCGUUUGACUUUACGAAGGUACCCAAUAUCUACCAGAGGAUCUAUUCUGAGCUCUUCCGAUAACUGAACGAGAGCGAUAUACGGGACAUUCGAUAAGUCCCCUUAGCGAAAGGCAGUUAACGAACCUUACAAAUUGCUAUUCUGAUCUCUACGUUAAGUGUGUUUCGCUACGGGUAGUCGGUCGAGAUGCGUCUGGGUUCCGUGCUAUCGAUAGCUAUUACGCUUUAACCAAUCACGGUUUAGUUAACAUUGUAUUUUUGUCACGUGACUGCAACCCGCCACUUUCUAAGCGAAGCACGUGCUCAUUACAUUGUCCUGUAGCAGCGUUAGUGAAAUAAUUUUUACUUUCGUUUUAAAAUGUCUAAAAAAGCACAACGAAGCCAGCGAACCACAAGUCGCCAGUUUGAGAUGCUUCUUAAUUUUAUCGAAGAACACCCUAAAUUAAUGUCGGGGAAAUUAGAUUCUUCGUUUACUGCAAAAGAUCGCCAGAAAUUGUGGCAAGAAAUAGCCGACCGUCUGAAUUCCGAUGGAGUCGGCUCACAAAAAGAUCCGGAAAAAUGGCGAAAAACUUGGAGUGACUGGAAGGCAAACAUUAAAAGUAAAGCCUCACAAAUAAAAAAAUCAACAUUUCAAACAGGAGGUGGGCCUUCAGUUAAUCAAACAUUAACUGAAGUUGAAGAGAGAGUUUUAAAUUUAAUUGGUAUAACUGCUGUUUACGGAGAAUCCCAAAUUGAUGAGGCAGGAGUUCAGGAACCAAAUGGUGCACAAGAGUUGAGAGAAAGUGCAAAAGACUUAUUAAACUGUAUGAUUGACAAUACUAAUUCUUGUGUACAAUCAAAUAAUUCUACUUGUAUAAAUGAAGAAUAUCCAUCUAAUCAAAAUGCAUAUUUCGAACUGCCUCCAAGUGAUUGCAACCCAACUGAUUGUCUACAUUUGAAUACUUCAUUAAGAAAUGUUAACAGAAAAAAAAGAAAACAUGAAAAAUCUGUUGGGGAAUGUAUAGCAGAAAGCCUUAAGAGAACAGAUGAAAAGUUGCUCAUUUUAAAAAAUAUACAACAAGCAAUGAAUGAAAUAGCAAAAAAUAUUGAAAGGAAGGCAGCAGCAGAAGAAAGGAAGGCAGCCGCAGAAGAAAGGAAGGCAGCCGCAGAAGAAAGGAAGGCAGCCGCAGAAGAAAGGAAGGCAGCCGCAGAAGAAAGGAAGGCAGCCACAGAAGAAAGGAAGGUAGCAGCCGCAGAAAACAGGGCUGCUGCUUUGCAUGAAAUUGCUGCUUCAUUAAGGAAUUCUAUAACAGAAGCAGAAAAUCAAUAAAUUAUUUCACAGUAAAAAAGGUCCUUUUCAGGGUUAUUCAUCUAUACUAAUAUUAUAAAGAGGUAAUGUUUGUAAGUACAGUAUGUAUGUAAGUUUGUUUGCAGCAGGUAAUCUCUGAAACUAGUCAUCCGAUUUCAAA